AUAGAUUCGACUAACGAACGGCAUAAUACGGCUUUCGCGGCGUGAAAAAAUCGCGAAAGAAUCUCACAUAAUACAGAGAAAAAAGAAAAUUCUGUAGUGGGGCGGGCGGAUUGUAUGCAUAACAAAAGUGCAAUGGCGUAUCUCUGCGAGUAAACAAACAAAAGCCAAUUGAGCAUUUAAAUACGCGUAUAGACACACAUAGCUGGACACUCACACACACAUACGUAUAUAUAUAUACAUGUAAAUCGAAGUGGACUUGCCCUGGUUUCACAACUUGGAAUGGAUAGGGCGCCACCGCCAAAACCGCGUCGUGCGCGACACAGAAUCAGUGCCAUGCACUAUGAAUCCUUGCCGACGGCACCGCCUGCCAUGUGUGGACGGGCCGAUGAGAACAUCUUUCAGUUUCCCGCUGUGGCAUCUCGGGCGCGCAACCUUUCCGCCUCGCCCAAGCUUCGCGAUGAGAAGGAUUUGCCCGCGUGUGAACAUGGUAAGCACAGCUGCCACUUCUGCCAGCCUUACCGAGCAGAUCGGGGUACAAUCGAGCCGCUCAAGAAUCGACUCAACACGGCCAUUGAGGCCAUGGAUCAACUAACGCGCACCUGUGCAUUGCUCGAGGGCCUGCUCGAGCAAAAACUGGCCACCAUCACGGACAACGAGGAAGAGUCGGCCACCGAAAUGGAAACAGAUAUUGCAGUCUCCAAUGCUGCUUCAACAUCAAUGUCAACCCCAACCGCAGCAGUGGUGCCCGUUGCUGCGCAAGCUCCAGCAACCUCAACUCCCACCGCCGACACCGAGUUCGAAUUGGAGCACUCAUUGACCUGGCUGGAAUCGCUACUAGGCACAGAGGUGCUGCCACCCACAAAGCAGGGCAAAUUUAAGCGGAUACGCGAGCGCAGUAAGUCCAUGAUGGAGGAAGAGAUACACAUGUAUUUGAAGGGCGAACGACAGCUGAAGAGCACCUCUCGGCCAUACUUGCUGCGCCGCCAGAGCACCUACAGUGACAACAAGUCCAAGGUGUCCAAGUGGACCAAGGUAAAGGCUGCCUUCAAGUGGGAGCGGGCCAAUGUGCCGCCCACAGGUGGCCACGAUUCGAACUCCUUAAUGCCGCUUAAUCUAGAAGUGGAAAGAUACUUGAAAGUGCCGAUAAGCGGUGCUGGCGGCAGCAGCUCAGCGGACAGCAUCAUCAGCUCCUCAUCGGGUCACUUCUUGAGCGAAACUGGCGGCACGCCUGGCACCAUCAGCUCGGCAAGCUCCUUGGAUGAGCUUCAUAUGGAAGCUGGCAGUCGCCAACCAAUGCGGCGACAUUCAUCGAAGAGCGAGACGCGUGCCUCCAGCUAUGAAGUGGAGCUGCGUAAAUCUGCCACCGAUGAACGCUUGGAUGCGGCCAAGUCCACGCUGCCCAGCAAAUCAUCAUCGAAUAAAUCUCUUCGUCGCUCGAAAGCCUUCUCCGACUUUGAGGUUCUGCCAGAGGAUCAUGUGGCGGACAUUAAGUCGACGAGCAGUCGACGGAACAAGCUGCCGCCCAGUCCCCUGAAUCUCAACCAGGUGUGCAGUGAUCUGCCGCAGCUGCACUCGCCACUCAAGAGUCCGAAGGAUGGCGGCCAGUCAGCUAUGUCACGCAUGCGUCAGGUCAACUCGCCGGGCAACUCCUCGGUGCCGAGCAGUCCAUCUAGGCUAUCGGAUUUCUUUGGUGAAUUUGAGAGCGAGGAACUGUCAAGUGGAGUUUCCUCGGAGCCCACGACGCCAAACUGUAAGACUUUCACACAGAACGAAGAUGAAGUAUUUCAACAUUAUCAACUUCUACUACUCAAACUAGAUAUGGAGUUCAAGCACAAGCAAUGCGAAUUAAAGCGAGCCAGUGCGAGUAAUCGCAGCGUCAAGCUGUGCAGUGGCGGCCCCGGCCCCGGCAGCGUCAGCGGCAGCGGCAAGCGCAGCAGCGAGGAGCAUUCACCCACGCAGCUGCUACACAGUGAUCUUAUGUCCACCGAACAGCUCGAGCAGAAUUUGACGCCGCAGUUCAAGAAGAAGCUGCACAAAUGGCGCGCCAAGCAGCAAAGCUCCAAUUGUUAUGCCAGUUCCGAGCCAGCAGCGAGUCCCACCGCCAAGAGUCUGAGCGGCGGCGACAUAAAGCCCAAAAUCGAUUGGAAUCUUUGGAGUUCCGGUGCCCUGAAGCUCGAGGGCCAGGGCUUGUGCGCGCUGCCCGACCAAAAGGAUUUGCCUGAGAAGUUUCAAAAAAAGCUGGAGCAAUGGAACCGCUUGAAAUGUGCGCCCGGUGGCGGCACCAACUCCGACAAUGAUUCCCUGAAACGUGGCUCCAAGCAUAAUCAGUCCACGCGGCGCGGCUCCGAUGAUGAUCGCUGGUAUAAGCACAAGCCGCACGACAAGGAAAAAUUGGCACGCCUGAAGGCCAUUGUGGCGCCGGAUCAUACAUCUAAGAAUAUUGAAGUCAAGACCUCGGAUGGUGAGGUGAGAAAAUUCGAGGGCAUCUCCCGCAAAUUUACGCGCAAGCUCUAUGAGUGGGAGAAGGCCAGAGGCAUUGGACCAGAGGCCUCCACCUUCGCGCUGCUGCAUCCCGGCUACAGUCCUUUGUCUGUGGGCCUCAUCAACAGGCAGGAGUGCAAUAAGAACAACACCGAACACUCACCGACGCUGAGCCGCUCGCUGUCGCUGGACAGUGUGACGCCGAACGGGAAUCAGGCACAGGUCAUGUCGCAGCAAGCCUCAUCGUUGUCGCUCAACGAUAUGAACGAUUUCAAGGAGAUGCAGGACUGCACAGAUUCGGCGGAUCACGAGUUCAAGAAGUAUGACGAGCCCGAGGCCGUUAUGGUCGAAGUGGAGGAGCACAUACACGACACCGCCUCCCCGCUGGUAACCGCCCACACGCUGGUCGAGCAGCAAACGCCUAUUUACAAAUACGAGGAGGUGCAGUGCAACGACUACGUCAACUCGCGUCGCGUUCAGAGCUUUGAGUCGCACACGAACCUGGCGCCGCUGCUAGGCGCACUGAAACGUGCCGACGAGUUGUUUGCGCAGCUCAAGCAGGCCACAGCAGACAUUGUGGAGCAUGUGGCAAUGCGCGAUUGCCAGGCUGCCUUGCUAAGCAUUCGCAGUAUUUAUCUCUACUACUCCAACAAUUUGAUGAAGCCGAGCGUGCUGAAUGCCGUGUCCGAUGUUCAGAGCGACUUGGGCCGCCUGGCCGAGCUGAUUGUAAAGUCGCCGUUGGAUGAGGCCUGCUGUCAGGAGACGAUGGCAGAGCGCACGACUGAGUACUUGGAGGAGCUUCAAGGUCUACACGAAUCGUUACUCUGCCUCAAGUUGAGCAUACAAGGCGGAACAAAUCGUUUUCCCCGUGAUGUUGUACCGGACAUCAACAUAACUGGCGAGGACGGACAGCAGGUGGAGAGCAGCUCAACCUAUGCAACUUGCCAUGCUUCUAGCCGCGAUCAUCUGACGCUAGACGAGCACAGCGCCGCUUCACCCUCACCCUCGCCCAUGGAGCACGAGACCGAGACGAGCACCACAACAGGCACGCUAUGCCGCGCUAGCAGCUCCGUCAAUGCGUCUAAGAAAAAGCUGCGCCUGCGCAAGAUGGGCUCACGUCAGAAUAGCAAAACCGAGAGCGAUAGCAGUGAUGCGGAUACCCAAAGUGUGCUGGAGACACCGCGUCGCAUGCGCCGCAAGAACUUUCGGCUAAAGCAGCGAUCUCUAGACGACGAUUUUCGCUUGGGCUCCAUUUCAACCGGUGCCCAUACGCCGUCGGCCGAGCCAGAUGAAAUCAUUUGCAGUUCGCUUAAAGUCAAGCCCGGCGAACGCAUCGAGGAGUCACAAAGCAUAGCCAGCAGCACGACCCAGCCAACGACCAAGCAAACUGGCUUCGUACCACCGCCGCUGCCAGAGCAGCACACGCGCAACUACAACACCAAUGCGAAUGUGUUUGUGAAGACUAAGCGCAAGUUGUUCACUGCAGUCCUGAAGCCCAAUGCUGCCGAGGGCAUAGCUCUCAUAGAGAAAGAGUUGGAGAGUCCCACGCAUAGCGUCGAGGAGGCACAGUCGCCUAGACCGAAGAUGCCGACUAAGCACACGACUCCACGUCCACUUAGUCUAUACAAAUCCAUAAGCUUGGAGCGCUUAUCGCCUCUGCGUGCCAAGGACGAGCUGCGCAAGUGCCAGAGCACCAAUGAUCUGCAUCGAUCGGCCAUUCCGGUGCGUCUGCCCCUUGCUAGCGAUAGCAUAAAAUGCUUGACGCGCUCCAAGCGUCAUCUGGGCACGUCGGCCCAUCCCCAAGCGCCACCACGCAAGGCGCAUCUCUACAAGAAGAACUCGCUGCACAAGUCGCAAAGCGCCACAGUUAGUAACAACAUUGAGCACAAGAUUGCCAAGACCAGCUCCGGCUCCACCGUGAGCAAGGCCUGGCCAGCAGCGACAUCCCUAGUAUUGCCCAACAGGCUGGACAACACGCUGCCACGCAUACAGCGCAAGUUGGAGGGCAAAGGAAAGGCUUUGCUCACGCCCACCAAGGCAAAGCAUUUCGAGUUUCCACCAUCCAUUUUGGAGCCCCAACGGCCAACAACGCCGCUGACUGAGCGCGCAAUGCGGCUGCAACAGGCCAAGGCUGAGUUUCUGCAGAGUGCGCCCGUAACGCCUAGGCAGGAGCCCACGACGCCCAUAGCCAUUAGCGCUGCGAAUCUGCACAAGAGCGUCAGUGUGGGCAGCAUGCGCGGCGACGUAGGCUGCUCGACAGAACAGCUACAGCAACGACAGCAGCUGGCGCAACAGGAGGUGACUACGGAUCAGGAGAGUGUAAGCAACUCCAGCACCUAUGACAGUUUGCCGCGUUCUGUCAGCCGCUCGGCGCGCAUCUCCAGCAAGCUGGGCUUUGCCACGCUGGCCUCCAAGCUGCGUCGCGGCGGCAAGAAGCCCAAGGAGCCACCUGCCCCCAUGCCAGCCGGCAGUGCACUGUCCGCACUCUGUCGCCAAACGCUGAUGGCCGAUUUGGUUAUUGGUGGCGAAUGCCCGCCAGCCAGUCCCUCGGCUUCUACAGCGGGGCCCGCUCGCAAUGUGCACAAGUCGCAAAGCUCACCACAAGCGGCCAUAUCGAACUUGCAUGCCAGCUACGAGGGCCUCAACAAAUCACUAAGCGAGCAGUAUGUACGCCAGCUCAAGGAGAGCGACGUCUAGUCAGCCAUUUAUGAGCACCUUGAAGUCCAGAUCUAACAGCUUACCAAAUAUAUUCUAAAACAUAAUUCUA